GUUCGAUGCCGCACGUGGUGUGAUCGUCACAACGUCUACCAAAUACAUAAGUAGCCCUUAAGAACUGUCUCUACGAUCACCGAACGCAUGAAUGUCAUCCGAAGCCGAUGGAUGGAACAAAGUGUUGUGGGAAAGGCAGCCUUUUCCUGAUAAUUACAUCCACCCUCAUUCUUUCCUCUCUUCCUUGAGGCGGAACCCUAAUUUCAAGCCGUACACCUAUUGGCCACUAGUACUGCUAUGCUGUGCGAUCACACAGCACUUAGCGACAAUCUUCACAUUCCUCGCAGUUUUUGUGAGGCUCAAGGAACGCUGGCUUGAUGCCCGUGUCCUGUUGUGGGUCUCGAUAGUUAGUUUCUUUGGGGGAUAUGCUAUGUAUGAGAUCCUCAGCUAUUCUAAUCCUGUUCGUGGUGCCUUCACCCGCUCAAAUACGAUCAAAUCGUCCCUUCUUGUUUUCCUCGCGUUGAUGGGUUUGUCACCUGUUUUGCGAACUUUGACCGCAGCAACGUCCUCGGACUCCAUUUGGGCGCUUUCAGCAUGUCUCUUCUUUCUUAACGCGUUGCUCGCCGAUUAUAGUUCCAUGAAACCACUCCGACAGGAAAGACUGACAUCUGUACUAUCCAUGAAUGCCGCGAUCUCGUCAUCGGUUGUCUUGGCCUCGCGACUGCCUGACGAUUUGGCUGUCUUUGCUCUUGUCCUGUUUGCUGUGCAAUUGUUCGCUCUUUUCCCGAUCCUACGUCAUCAGCUUCAGGUCACACCACAAGUAGCACAGAUCCUCUUCACACUGACCCUUUGUGUACUAUCGUUUGCUCUAACGUUACCUUUAUCCGUUUCGGUCGCCUACCUUUAUGCAGGCAUUUCGAUUACGGUGACGUUCGUUGCCCCGGGAGUCCUAGUCUGGGCACAAAAAUACAAAAACGAGAUAAGAGGACCGUGGGAUGUCGCUGUUCCGAGACUUAAUUGAUAAUUGGUCCACCCUGUUCAAAACGUGGAGCACAGCAUAGAAUCUUACUUUCUAAAUAUCUUUGUCCUCCGCCGAGCAGAAAUGACUUCUGUCGGCCCGUACGCGAAUGCCACGAGCCCAUAGAUCCAGACCAGUAUAACGAUAGCAUUAGCCAGUGAGCCGCUGGCGAGUUACCGACUUCCGCGAAGGACACGCGGUAUUACGCAUGCGCAGCCAUCAGAG